AUGCCAGAAAUAAGGUUUCUGCAGAGCACAGUACGUAAAGCACUCUUCUCCUUAGACAUCCAUAAGUCGAGCGGGCCAGACGGAAUCCCUCCCAUUGUGUUAAGGACGUGUGCUCCAGAGUUGGCACCGGUUUUAACGCGCCUUUUCCGGCACUCCUACUCUCUAGGCAUUGUCCCAACUUCUUGGAAGACGGCUUUAGUGCACCCGAUUCCAAAAAAAGGUGAUCGUUCAGAUCCGUCGAACUAUAGGCCUAUUGCCCUCACCUCUUUGUUCUCUAAAAUCAUGGAGUCCAUCAUAAACUGCCAGCUCCUUAGGUACCUUGAGGAGCACCAGCUCAUUAGCGAUCGUCAAUAUGGCUUUCGACGCGGGCGCUCAGCUGGUGACCUUUUAGUGUACCUAACGCAUCGAUGGGCGGAGGCAGUUGAGACAAAGGGUGAGGCCUUGGCGGUUAGUUUGGAUGUAGCGAAAGCCUUCGAUCGGGUUUGGCACAAAGCACUUCUUUCUAAGAUUACAUCUUACGGGCUUCCUGAGAAAUUGUGCAACUGGAUCACUAGUUUUCUCACUAGUCGGAGCAUCAAGGUCGUUAUUGACGGUGCUUGCUCCGACGCUAAAUUCGUGAACUCUGGUGUCCCACAAGGCUGCGUCCUGUCCCCUACGUUGUUCCUCCUACAUAUCAAUGAUCUGUUGCAUAUUUGCAACAUUCAUUGCUAUGCGGAUGACACUACGGGUGACGCACUAUAUACCGGCCGGGCAAAUAUUUCUCAGGAGUACGUCGAAGAGUGCCGGAAUAAACUUGUGUCUGAAGUCGAGGUUAUGUUAUGCAAAAUCUCGGAUUGGGGCAGACUUAAUUUAGUCCAAUUUAACCCCAUGAAGACACAGGUUUGCGCGUUUACCGCGAAGAGAAAACCCUACGUCAUAUCUCCCUUUUUUGAAGGCACUCCCCUUGUUGCCACCGAUUCGAUCGGAAUUCUUGGGGUCGAUAUAUCGAGCAGCGUUCAAUUUCGCGGUCACUUGGAAGGAAAAGCCAAGCUGGCUUCUAAAAAACUCGGUGUCCUAAACCGAGCGAGACAGUAUUUCCUGCCGACACAUCGGUUGCAGCUUUAUAAAGCACAGAUUCGGCCUCACAUGGAGUACUGUUCUCACCUCUGGGCUGGGGCACCGAAAUACCAGCUCCUUCUUUUUGACCGCAUUCAACGAAGAGCUGCUCGAAUCGUCGACGACCAAAUCCUGUCCGAUCGCCUCGAUUCUUUGGCCUUGCGUAGGGAUGUUGCAUCCCUAUGCAUUUUCUAUCGGAUAUAUCAUGGGGAGUGCUCUGAGGAAUUGUUUGGGUUGAUACCUGCUGGUGAAUUUCACCAUCGUACAACUCGUCAAACCGCCAAGUACCAUCGACACCACCUUGAUGGUUGGCGUUCCACCACAGUGCGUUUUUCACGAAACUUUCUACCCCGCACAACUACUUUGUGGAACGAGUUGUCGCCAGCGGUAUUUCCAGACCGAUACGACUUAGGGACCUUCAAGAAGAGAGCCUAUUCCUUCCUUAAAGGCCGGCAACGCAAUUGCGACUCAACCGAUGUUGCAAAUGUCCAUGGGCUGCGG